UAAUCUUUUGGAAUUAACAUUUCUCAUCAUCAGGUCGUGGUGUAGUUGCUACAAGGGAUAUUACAAGAGGUGAAUUUAUAGCUGAAUAUGAAGGGCAUCUGAUUACAGAAGAAGAACUUGAAAGAAGGGAAGAACAAAUAGAAAGUGUCUUCAGAUAUGAAUUCACCUGGAAAGGAAAGAAACUAUGCCGGAUCAUCUGUUGGUGUACCAACCCUUGGACCUCUUUCUCCUAGAGUCCCACAGAGUCCCACUAAGGAACGCCUUGAUCCUCAAAAUUCAUCACGAUGUAAUGAUGGAGCUGGAUCAUCUGGUGGUGUAUCAGCCCCUGGACCUCUUUGUCCUCCUAGGAAAAAUCCUACCCUGGUACCCCUCAAUCGUCAGGAAGAUUCAUCAAGAGAACGGAGGUACACGAGAUGGGAGUCUGGGGAGACGGCUCAACUAAAAGAGUUCUUCAAAGAAUACUUCACAUCAACUCAAACAAAACUUCCAUCAAGAGCAGAAAUUAGAAAAUUCAAAAUGAGAUUUCCAGCCUUCAGACAUGAUGUAAGGACCAUAGCAACCAAGGUCAUGAACGAGGUGCGGAAGACCGAACGACUGACAGAGGAAAGAGUCAAACGACUUGGGAUAAGAUAAUGAGGUGAUGGGCUAACAGGUUAAUCGGGACAUUUCUGGUAACAGUAACACGCAUCUUUUAGGAUAGAUUCAGGAUUGUGCUUAGAAUAAAAUAAACUUACAGUCUUCAUAAAUCCCUUUUGAGUGUUUUCAACAAUCCAAUUAGUGAAGUCUUUCUAUAUGAGCUCACCUGAGCCGAAGGCUUAUAACUGCACAGAUGCUCAUCCCUGCAAAAACUGUCGCCUCAUGGGCAACAGAGCAUGCGGAUAGUGAUUAAUCACCUAAAUAUUAGCUGUGGGGUCAUGCUUGUUAUCAAUUAUUUUAUGGUACUUUGAUGAAUUGUGUUAGGGUCCCUUACAAUCAAGUGGGUGGAGCAUUGGAGGAGUACCCUCUCAUGAUCGAGCUAUGAGGAUUUUAAAUAAAAUAAUGCAUGCAAACAUAUUUUUGAAAUGUGAUUCAGGCAAUUGCAGGGGCAGAGGUAGUUGAUGUCAGAUUUGCUGGCAGGAUUAAGAGUACAUAGGGCCCACAGGGCAACAGUUUGUUCAGGGGUGACCAUUUGGUAGGCAAGUCAGAGGAUCUCUCAAUCAAAUUUAUUGAUAAAAUACUACUAGAGGCAUAGGAUUGAAAGUUGCUCAAUUGAAGCAUGUGGUAAUUACUAAUUUGCAAUUACAUAUGACAAUUGCAUGACAUCAGGUGAGCACCAGGCCCCCUGGGGCUCUUAUCAUUUAUCCCUAACUGCCCUCCAUAGUUUUGGCGAUUGCAUCGCGACCGCUACCAAUUUCAGAUUCUCGCUUUAUGACUUUUUCCCUUGCAGUCUUGUCUUGCACACAUUUUGCAGGGACUGAUUUUUAAAAUUUACAGGGGAGCUAUAAAUAGCUCUCCUAGAGGCUCUCAAGGAGAAUUUUUAGGGGAGCUAAAUUUGUUCUUCACGUAGAAAGAUUGGGGUUACAAGGGGCUCUGUAAAUCACUCCCCAAAAAGCAUUUAAGGGGAGCUUGGGAGAGCAAUCGCUCUCACUCCCCUUAAAUCUUACUCCCUGAUUUUGAUACCACAUUUGUCCUUAUCAGACCUACCUAAGAGGUAUUAUGGGCCAAUUAGCAGACAUGCCAACAAAAAAACGUAUUCCGUACUUUUCUAUCCUCUUUCGCUUCUUUAGGGGGUACUAAGAUCUAUAGAUGUCUAUGAAUGCAUAGCACCAUCAUGCCAUACUGCAUUGCACCUGUCUUCAUAGAAAACAUUUAAUUGUCCAAUGAAUUGUCUAUGUCCCUCAUUUACCAGAACGAAUGCUUUUGGUGCAGGAAUGAAACACUUGUGAAAAUGUAUGUAUGUAUGUUUUCUAUUGAAAAUAAUUGAAUAAUAAAAGGUUUUCAGGUCGACAGGUGGAAUGAGAUUGAUAUUUUUAUGAUCUGAAUAAUUAUUGACAUCUAAUGAGUUUGGUACCCCUUAUCCAAAUGUAAAAGACAAGAAUGCACUUUUAGGUUGGCAGUACUGAAUUAGUAUGCGCAUGUCAUUAAAAAGGCUAUAGCUGCAUAUAUUUGUGUACAUUUACAUACAUUAAUACUUUAUGCAAAUCUGCUGUACUCAUAAAAAUAGAUAAGAAUUGAUUUAUUUCACAUUUGGGAAACAUUAAUCUUCAUUAUUACACAGUUUUCAUGUAAUUUUGUACUUGUUUAGGCUGAAAUUAUGAAAAUAUCCCCCAAAUGCAUAAAAUAUGCAUUAUGAAUAAUUCAUUUCCUAAUUAUGCACAAAAAAAAUGCACAAUUGAUUUUAAAAAAUUACACCACCAGAUUCAGCAUCCAGCAUUCAGAUAAAAUUUAGCUUCUCAGCCUCACUCCAACUAGAGCAUUUUACCCACUGUACAAUAUAUAAAUACAAAUAUAUGUUGUGCUAGUAAUGUCAUGCCUAGCUGAUUCUAGUUCAAACUCGGAGAUGUAAUCAUUAGUCUAGUAAGAUAGAUGAUUGUUUGUUUGUGAAGGCAGCUUUAAUUGCAAAUAAUUGGAAUUAAGUAUUUCAUUGUUGAUUCACCUAACUCUCAGCAGCCUUAUUAAAAAGGCUGUAUAAAAUUAAAUCUGACUUAUUGCCUACCUGAGCAAAUGCCUUCUAAAGCCUCCCCUAAUCUUUUGGGGGUUUACUUCUUUUUUUUAAUGAUGUUGGUGCUGGGAACAAAGCAGGUAUACUUGGCAGACAAUCAGUGUAUAUAUGCAUAAAAAUAUACAUGAUAGCACAGGUACGUCAUU